AUGACUACCUCUCCAACCCUGCAGCUGUUGCUGCGGCUCUUGCUGUGGGGGCUGCUGCUACGGAGGGCGGAGACAGGCUCUGAGAAGCAGACAGCGGGGGAGCUAUACCAGCGCUGGGAACGGUACCGCAAGGAGUGCCGGGAGACCCUGGCAGCCGCGGAACCGCCCUCAGGCCUCGCGUGUAACGGGUCCUUCGAUAUGUACGUCUGCUGGGACUAUGCUGCACCUAACGCCACUGUCCGUGCGUCCUGCCCCUGGUACCUGCCCUGGUACCGCCACGUGGCUGAAGGUUUUGUCCUCCGCCAGUGUGGCAGUGAUGGCCAGUGGGGACUUUGGAGAGAUCAUACACAAUGUGAGAACCCAGAGAAGAAUGAGGCCUUUCUGGACCAAAGGCUCAUCUUGGAGCGGCUGCAGGCCAUGUACACCGUUGGCUAUUCCCUGUCUCUCGCCACACUGCUGCUAGCCCUGCUCAUCUUGAUUUUGUUCAGGCGGCUGCAUUGCACUAGAAACUAUAUCCACAUCAACCUGUUUGCGUCUUCCAUGCUGCGAGCAGCGGCCAUUCUCAGCCGAGAUCGUCUACUGCCUCAACCUGGCCCCUACCCUGGGGACCAGGCCCCUGCACUGUGGAACCAGGCCCUCGCUGCCUGCCGCACGGCCCAGAUCGUGACGCAGUACUGCGUGGGUGCCAACUACACGUGGCUGCUGGUGGAGGGCGUCUACCUGCACAGUCUCCUGGUGCUCGUGGGCGGCUCCGAGGAGGGCCACUUCCGCUGCUACCUGCUCCUCGGCUGGGGUGAGCCCCGACCUCGUCCCCCGCCCAACCCAGCGCGCCACUCCUCGGCUCCCCCAACUGCCCAGCUGGUUGGCCUCUGGGGGUCUCCUCCCACCUGUAGGCUUCUGCCUCCCCAACCCCCAACAGAAAUUCCGCGGGUCUUGGGCCUGGCGGGGCCCGUACGCGCGCUGACAGCUGCGGCGGGGUGGGGGGGCGGGAUCGGGGUCUGCACAGGGGCCCCCGCGCUUUUCGUCAUUCCCUGGGUGAUCGUCAGGUACCUGUACGAGAACACGCAGUGCUGGGAGCGCAACGAAGUCAAGGCCAUUUGGUGGAUCAUACGGACCCCCAUCCUCAUGACCAUUUUGAUUAAUUUCCUCAUUUUUAUCCGCAUUCUUGGCAUUCUCCUGUCCAAGCUGAGGACACGGCAAAUGCGCUGCCGGGAUUACCGGCUGAGGCUGGCUCGCUCCACGCUAACGCUGGUGCCCCUGCUGGGUGUCCACGAGGUGGUGUUUGCUCCCGUGACCGAGGAACAGGCCCGGGGAGCCCUGCGCUUCGCCAAGCUCGGCUUUGAGAUCUUCCUCAGCUCCUUCCAGGGCUUCCUGGUCAGCGUCCUCUACUGCUUCAUCAACAAGGAGGUGCAGUCGGAGAUCCGCCGUGGCUGGCACCACUGCCGCCUGCGACGCAGCCUGGGCGAGGAGCAGCGCCACCUCCCGGAGUGCGUCUCCCGGGCCCUGCGCUCCAGCUCCGGCCCCGUCGAGGUCCCUACCGGCCGCGCCUUGUCCUCGGGGACCCUCCCAGGGCCCAGGAAUGAGGCCAGCAGGGUGUUAGAAAGUUACUGCUAGGGGGCCGGAUCCCUAUAUCUGUUCGGUUAGCAUGGAUUGAUUGAGUUCCUACCGUGUGCCAGGCCCAGUAUGGAGGACGCUGGGGAAACGGUGAAGGAAACGGAAAAAAGGUCCCUGCCCUCCUGGAGAUGACAACUGAAUGGGGAAAACACCGUGAACACAAAACACCAAGUUCCACACAUGCUGUGGCAUGGUUAUGAAGGGAAGUGAGAAGGGGGCCUAGAGGGAUCUGGGAGGCCCUCUCCAAGGAGGUGACAUUUAAGCCAUACCAGAAAGAGGUGAAGGAGAUCACUUUGGGAAGAGCUGGAGAACAGGAUUCUAGGGUGAAGCAACAGCAUAUGCGAAGGCUCUGGGGCAGGAAGGUGCUCGGCCUUGGCUGGAGUAGAAUUAAGUCAGAGCCAACAGAUGGGGAGAGAGAAGUGGGCAGGGACACACAAGUUGGGAUUUUAUUUCAGAUGCAUUGGAGAUUCUUAGGAGUGUCUCUUGGAGGUAAUAUUUUAUUUUAUUUAUUUAUUUUUUAAGAUGCGGUUUCACCCUGAUAGCCAGGCUGGUCUUGAACGCCUG